AUGGCUAACUCUUUUGGGCGUAUUAGCGCAAGUUUGGCCGCAUUUGAAGCCUUGAUGCUGGCGAUAUUCGUAUUUUACUAUACUCCGAUGCGUUACCGUACUCUUCUGUGGGAUAGAAGCAAGAACUUUGCUCAUUUCAGCGAUAUUGAAGCUCUUAAAAAAUAUUCGUUUUAUUGUGGAGGUCUUCUGCUAGGGUGUUUCCAAGUUGCUGUAUACGGGCAUGUUCUGAUAUCAUUCAAUCGUUUGCGCCUAUAUUUUUUCCGACCUUCCACUAUAGCAGAGUAUACAAGCGAGUGGAGCAUUUCAGGACAUUGCCGUUUCAUGUAUUUCGACGACUACUGGAGAUUUGGAUUCGAUUAUACUCCUAAUUGUCCGACGAUCCCCUUUCCGACAAAUGCUGAAUGUUUUGCAACAUGCCUACUCAUUGUUUUCCUUUUGGACUUUGCAGCAAUUUAUCGCGUCCGGAUGUAUAACAAAGGAGUGAGUAUUAUCCUCAUAAUAACAUGCGCUAAAGAGCCUACAGUUGUUAAAAUCCCCAGAAACUGCUACUCAUUACAACCCAGUAUGGUGCUGCCCUCUUUCGAUAAAAAAUGA